AUGGGGCCAAUCUCCCCCUCAGAAGGCAAAGCCACCAGCACCAGCUCAACCCAUGCCGACACCAAUGCCAACAUCCCCAUCGUGGACCUCUCACCAUUCACAUCUCCUUCUCCCUCUCCCCCGCCCUCGACAGCAGAUCCAUCUUCUAUCCCUUCCCCUGCUGCCGCCCGACUUCAAGCCGCCCACGACCUCGUCCGCGCGCUGCGCGAGGUCGGCUUCGCGUACGUGACGCACCACGGCGUGGCCCAGGCCGAGCUGGACGAGGCGUUCGCGCUCUCGCGGCGCUUCUUCGCCCUGCCGCACGAGCUGAAGAUGACCGCGCCGCACCCGCCCGGCUGGACAGUGCACCGCGGCUACUCGUGGCCCGGGCUGGAGAAGGUCUCGAGUGCCCUGGCCACCGCGGGGGUCGACGAAGGCAAGGAUACGGAUGAGGAGGCUGUGAGGAAGUUGAGGGAGGUGCAGGAUUGCAAGGAAAGCUACGAAGUCGGCUCGGAAACCAACCCGGACCAACCCAACGUGUGGCCGCCCGCAGACGUUCUGCCGGAAUGGCGCCCGUUCAUGAGCGCGUUCUACUGGACGUGCUUCGCCGCGGCGCGCCACAUCCUGCGCGCGCUGGCGCUGGGCAUCGGGCUCGCCGACGAGGACCACCUGCUGCGCUUCCACGACGGCCACCACAACCAGCUGCGUCUGCUGCACUACCCGCCCGUGGCGGCGGCGGCGGUGCGCGAGGGCCGCGUGGCCCGCAUGCCCGCCCACACCGACUGGAGUAGCAUCACGAUGCUGUUCCAGGACGACACCGGGGGGUUGCAGGUCGAGUGCCCCGUGGGCUCGGGCGUGUUCGUCGACGUGCCUCCGGUGCGCGGCACCUGCGUCGUCAACGUCGGCGACCUGCUCAUGCGCUGGUCCAACGACUUCCUCACCUCGACGGCCCACCGCGUCCAGCUGCCUCCGCUCCAGGACCGCUUCGCCGGCGACGACCACGGCAUGACCCGCGCCCGCUACUCGAUCCCCUAUUUCCUCACCACCGACCCCGACACCGUCAUCGAGUGUCUCCGCGUCGACGACGACCAUCCCCCCAAGUACGCGCCCAUUACGCAGCGCGAGUAUGCGGCCAUGAGGGCGCGGAUGCAGUAUUGA